ACCAAAAUGAACUGUUUUUCCUGUUGCAUGUCAGAAGAGAGACUAAAUAGAAGGUCAACAAAGAAGAGCAUGAAGGAAUACAAUGACACAAAAACUAUGGUUUCAUUUGCCAAUAUUGCAUUCAAGAGUGAUAGCAGCAGAAAGAGAUACAUUACCCAAGAAAUAACAAAAAUGGGUAAAGGUAAUAUCACUGCUAGGAUUUUUAACUACAGUGAGCUAUGCACCGCCACUAAAAACUUCAACCCAGAUGAUAAGCUUGGUGAAGGGGGUUUUGGGAGGGUCUACAAAGGGCAUGUUGAAAACCCAAAUCAAGUAGUUGCUGUCAAGCAACUUGACAGGAAUGGAUAUCAAGGAAACAGAGAAUUCCUGGUUGAGGUUUUGAUGUUGAGUCUACUUAACCAUUCUAACCUUGUAAAUUUGGUUGGAUAUUGUGCCGACGGGGAUCAAAGGAUUUUGGUCUAUGAAUACAUGGCUAAUGGCUCCUUGGAGAAUCACCUUCUAGAUUUACCUCCGGACAAGAAGCCAUUGGAUUGGAAUACCAGGAUGAAAAUUGCUAUUGGUGCUGCUAAAGGCCUUGAACACUUACAUGAAACAGCCAAUCCUCCAGUGAUAUACCGUGACUUUAAAGCAUCAAACAUAUUACUGGAUCAGGAUUUCAAUCCAAAGCUCUCGGAUUUCGGACUUGCAAAGCUUGGUCCAACUGGAGAUAAGACACAUGUUUCCACCAGGGUUAUGGGAACCUAUGGCUACUGUGCACCUGAGUAUGCACUGACCGGCCAGUUGACUACAAAAUCAGAUGUUUACAGCUUUGGAGUUGUGUUUUUGGAGCUAAUCACAGGAAGAAGAGUAAUAGACAAUUCAAGACCAACAGAAGAACAGAAUCUUAUCACUUGGGCAACACCCCUAUUCAAAGAUAGAAGGAAUUUCACAUCAAUGGCUGAUCCAUUGCUGGAUGGGAAAUUUCCCAUUAAGAAUCUCCACCAAACACUUGCUGUUGCAGCAAUGUGUCUGCAGGAAGAAGCAACUGCCCGGCCUUUGAUGAGCGACGUGGUAACAGCUCUUGAGUACUUAACUACAGGCAAUGAACUAGAAGGAAGGGAAGAAUAGUUGACAAACAAGAAAUCAGU